CGGAAAAGAAAUAGAAACAUCAAACAUGGCAUUUGGAAUGAGCGGUCAGCUUCUUCCGCUGCUUCCCAAAGUCACUGCCAAACACAAUUCGCCGACCAAUGUAGCAGCUACUACUAAAGUUGAACACCACCAAUCCGUAGCAACAGUACCAUAUUUUUGGUCCAAGGUACUCCCUUUAGCAGUUGCUGUUUCGCUGGUCACUCCCUUGUCUUCUUCGGCGAUACCUUUUCUCGACUCCAAAUCUUCUUCGCUCGUUCCCACAACCCCAUUCUCACAAUCCAAGAACUUGCCCACUGGACUCGAAAAUGGAAAAAUCAGACCUUGCCCCUCAGUUAAUCCGGGGUGUGUGUCGACAAAUCCCCAGUCUUCUUCUUCUGCCUUCCCCUGGAUGAUUCCUCAAAAUUCUACUGGCAAUGCUAUUACGCAAUUGCAGGACGCCAUUUUGAAGACACAGAAGAAUGCAAUGAUUCAAGUUAUUGAAGAUAUCCCUGAUGGAAAAUAUUUGCAGGCUGAGGUAGAUGGAGGAUUCGGCAGAGAUGUUUUAGAAUUUUUGGUGAAAGGAGAUUCAGUUGCCUAUAGAGCAAUGGCCACAAAAGUGACCUAUAUAUACCCAUUUACUACAGCAUUAGGAGAUUCAAAAGGACAAGAAGAAAGAAUGAAAAAGAUCACAGAAGAGUUGGGCUGGUAUGCACCAAGUCUUGACUCAAUGGAUUAGAACUAUGAUGUAUAUAAAUAUCUACAUGCAUUAAGUUUUGUAGAACCACUUGUGCACAGCGUAAGUCUUAAUCAAAAUACUUGUUUUUUUGUCCUGAUCAUUCAAAAAAAAUAUUUCUGCUAUG